CAGAUAUGAGUUCAGUGGGUGUGAAGAAAGAAGAGGAGCAGGCCAGGUGAAUUUUUCUUGCAGCUUUGAACUUAUCACAUGAGGUGGGCUCAGGAGAUGCAGGCGGCGAGCUACAGAGCAUUGCUUGUGUGGUCGCGGGGCAGGACUGUCGCUGCUGUCUCAGGACUCCGAUGGAUGGCGCCUUCCGUGAACCAGCAACACAGCCUCCAGUAUUCCGUCUCCUCCCAGAGGUGCAGUGGGUGCAAGUGGAGGUAUGAAGCCGACCGUAUGGUGAAGGUGAUGGCCCGCAAAGUGGAGAUUGGGUUUUACAACACCGUGAGUGGCUUCACGCUCAACGCAGCGCGUCCAGUGACUCCUGAUCUGUUUGAAGAGGCCCUGAUACACCUCCAAAAGAAGGUGGAGUUCCUCCAGGUUUGUCUCCCUCAACGUUAUGGACGCAUGUGGAUCGCCGACAUGGACACGAUGCCCAAGAUUGACUUUCAGGUGGUGAAGGAUGGCUCACUUUGGGAUUUAGUGAAGAAUAGGACAAAAGCUACCUACAAUGUGGCUGACGGUCCACUGUGGGCUGCCCGGCUAGUGGUCUGUCCACCUGAAGAGCCGUGCAAAUUGCCUCAGGUCAAGGACGCCUUUCCUCACCAGUACCAUCUCGUCUUCAAUUGGAAUCACGCUACCACUGACGGUGUGGGCAUGGUGAGCAUGCAGCAGAUUUUCUUCACACUCCUGGACGACAUGCUGGACGUAGCUCAAGUCGAUGACAAGCUAAUCGGUAAAAUGCGCGACAGGAAUGAGGACAGAGCAAUCGAGGCCAAAAUAAAGGAAACCUUGGAGAAGGAUCCGCAGAGGUUGAAGGUACUGCUGGAAGAAGUUUCCAGAUACAAGACCAGAGUUCCUCUCAUCACUGAGAUCUUUGGAGAGCCACAGGAACCUUAUCCUGACACCAUCUCCUUACCCAAGCAGGUCCUGGAUCAUAAACUCCUGCAGGUGUUUAUCGCCAAAUGCAAGGCAAAUAAAGUCACCUUCAAUUCAGGUUUCGGAGGAUUGAUGAAUGCGGCGCUGGUGGAAUUGGCACGUGAGGCUGGAUUGGAGAGAGAUUCCUACACGAUCUCCUCCUACCAUUCUGUCGACACGCGGCGGUACAAGAGUGACGUGAGUUCAGUGAUGUGGGGCUACCAUGCUUGCAAUAUGACUCAUACUAUGGAGACGCCUUGCAAUAUCAGGAAGAGUUUCUGGAAAUAUGUUGUAGACUACGACACCAAGUUCCGCAAUCACCUCAAAACGAAUGGUCCUUUCCAGGACAGAAUGCUGGAUCACAUGGUGCUGGCAGCAAUGCCUGAUCGUAAGUUGAAGGCCACACAUGACUUUUUCUAUGUAAAUCUUUAUUCUCCUCGGACGAAGUCUUUCGGCAGUGGGAAGCACAUUCAACAGACUGAUUAUUGUAGCUGUUCACCGCUCACCAAAACUGAUUACGGGAUGACGAACACCAUUGUCAGUUUCCGGGAUCAAGUGAUGAUCCAGCCGCAUAUAUCCUCGGGAUUCAUCACUGCGGCGAACGCUGCAAAAUUCAUUGACAAAGUGAUUGGCAUGUUUAAUGAUAUUAGCAAGACUUCUGAUUAGAAACGCAACUUCACACUGCUCUUGUUUGUCUGGCAGUGUUUCUUUGAAGUUUGUUGAUUAAAUUUACAGGUGAGUUUUAAAGAUGAGGCUCAUAAAUAAAAUUGUUAGAAAUUUACAAAUUUAAUUUACAAGAAAAGUUAGUGAUCAAGUUGACAUGAAAUUUAGAUAUCAAGUUUACAUGCUUUCAGUGUUUGAAAAUUGGGUUACGUUUGUCCCGCGUCACAACAGUUUGAACAGAAAUGGUGAUUUUA